AUGGUGCCAACUGCAUGGACCCAGGCGGAGCCCUACGCGCAAAUCUACGAGGAAACCGGUCUCUGGAGAGAAGCCGGUGUGCUUGCCGGUGAGCACUACGUCUUCGCCACGGACGCUGGCGCCAUAGGCAAAGACCCGCGAGCACGCCGGGUGUUCUGGGCGGCGGUCGCCUGUCGAUGGGAUGGAGAGCAGCUUGUGCAGGUCGCCACUUUGCGGGGAAGUCUUGUUGGUGAGCAAACUGUCCCACGUGGUGAGGCUUGGGCCAUAAAAGAGCUCCUUGCCCGGGUCACUGGUAUAGUUGACCUCACCAUGGAUGCUCAGGCUGUUCAUAAGAAACUCAAGCGGCGGAGGCCGGGCCAGGAUUCCCUGUGGAACGCCAUUUGGGACUCCAAGGAGGCGGUGACCUUGGCAGCUACCUGGAUUCGGUCGCACCAGUCAGUUGAAGCUUUCCGCGCACGGUUUGGGCAGUGCCUUUGGCGACGUGAGGUGAACGCAAUGGCUGAUGCUUGCUGCACGGAGCUCCGGCUGCGGUGCCGGGAGAAAGUCCGGGCACACGAGGCCAGACUCAAGCUGCUGGACUCGGACACCCACAGGGCGCUGAUUGGACAAGCCGCUAUAUUGGCGGAGCUCAUCAGUAACCUGCCGAGUGGGAAAGACCCGCCUGUCGCUGGGAUGGCUGACAGGAAGAAACACCUCAAGGGUGCUGAAGCAAGGAAAAGGGGCCCCGUUGAAGCGCGAGACGCCACUAGUAAACGCGACUACUUGGCAAAACUUGCGAGCGGAGACUUGAAGGGCGGAGACCACGUCUGGGUUGCCAUGAAAAGCGGAGUGAGGUGUAAGGAGUGUGGAAUCACCAUGAGCUCUGGACGCCCCUAUAAGCUGCUCGCACGGAUAGCUGCGCUCCCAUGCCAGGAGGGCGAGGAUGCCGCGACUCCGUACGGAGUCCACCCAAGCCAUAAGCUGCGGAGACAGGGUGCAAAGCUCAAGUGUGAGUCCUUCGCCGUGCACCUGCGCCAUGGGCGGCUGCACGGAGUGGGCGUCGGAGGCAACAAGAAGAACCGUGAGCGGGCCGGGUAUCUGGCGCUGACUUUGGCAGCUUUGCUGGAGCAGAGUGGGCCUUGCCCAGGCGAGCUGCGGUGGGAUCUCCGUCUUGCGCAGCAGACGGAGAUUCGAUACCUCGAAGACCCCAACUUGCCCGACGCGAGGGAGGAGAGAAGGGAGCCCGACACCAUGGAAGAUGCCCAGAGCUAUGGAGAUGCAGGAAGCAGCAGCGAUUUGAAGGUGCCGCGGCCUGGGACGUGGAUUUGGUGGCUGGGUCAUCGCCCACGUGGCACCCCGGUGGUGCUCUGUGAAGACCGCACCGUUGAGGUUUUCCAGACUGCCAAGAACUGGCUGUUAAAGGUCGCUGAGCUACAGAGCUGGCCCCAGGAUGUUGCGGAAGGUCGGGUGCCCCAAGAUUGGAAGGAGCGCCUGGCUCCCGUGUUUCCGGACAUCUACUGCCUGGGGCUGUGGAAGAUGGACUAUGAGAACGAGCCAUGGCAAGUGGUCACCGUCGGUCGCAACGUGGAAGAGAGGUGGCGAGCUGCGGCUGUCGGGCUGGCGGCGCAGAUCUCUGGCUGGUGUGGUCGAUGCAAGGAGCCGGCGAUCAACGCCGCGUUGACCGAAGCAGGCUGGAUUCCAUCAGAGGAGCUUUGGCACUUCUAUGACUUGAAGGGGGAGGGCUUUUGGCAGAACUUGUCACAAUGGCAAGAGACGACGGCGCAACCCAGGUUGCCGGUCACUGACGUGAGCACGAUAAAAAAAAUGCAGAAGCAGUGCCUGAAGGACAUCCGAAUGACUUGCCAGCCCGCGCUGCACAGAGAGCUGCGAGCGCGCGGUGGCUACGCGGAGAUCGACCUAACCUGUUCGUGCCGGCCCUGGCAGUCCAUCCUGGCAGGCCACGCCAUGCGACAGGAGAUCAUAGGACAGGGCGUGCAACGUUUCGCGAUUGCAUCAGAUGAAAGAAAACUGGAUCCACACCAGGAAAACGCGCCGUUGGUGUUCUGCCGAGUGGAGCAGGUGAAUGGGGCAACUACAACGUUCUCAGACCUGGAACGGACGGAGGAAACGUUUCGUCAGUUUUGUCUACCGAAGGAUGAGUACCUGGCAUUUCGAAUGGCGUCGGAGUGGAAGGUUGAGGGUCGAUGGCAGGCCUACGCGCACGGCGUCUUCAAGAAUCUCAUCAAGGAUUUCAAGGAGCAGCACGCGAUUCAGCAGUGGAACGAUGGAGACUUGCUUCCGCCGACCAUCAGCCACGAGCCGACUGAGCACGCGUGGAAGCUUUCGGAACGCUUGGCGGCCAGCUUUCGGCGGUGGCUGAGAACGCGCACGACGUGCCCGGAGGUGGACCAGCUGCGCCGCAGAACCGCGCCUGAGCUGCUGCUGGAUUUCGAUGAGGCGAUUGCAGGUGUUUGCAAGGAGAACCAGCCCAAGUCACCCCAAGACCCGGGCAAAGAAAGCUUCACGCAACUGCAAAAAAGCAUGCUGGUCGCUAUUCUAGAAGGUGAUGAUUGGAAGCGUCACCUGAAAGAUCUGGACCCAUCACGUUGGGGCGUUGAGUGGCAGCAGAGGUGGGUCGAGAACAAGUACUACCAGCAGAUGCAUUGGAUGAGCGCUGGGGAGGAUAUUCGCUUCGGUCACGACAAAAUCAGCGCCGCGUUUCUGCAUGGUGAACAUGGCAAGCAGCCUUUGGACGCGACGAUUCAGGAGCUUGUUGAUGGACCUGAAUGGGUCGAGUCUGUGCCAGCGUUGGUAGCGGUCCGUUUCCAAGGCCGUGUAUAUGUUGUCUUUGGGAAUAGACGCCUUCACUGCCUCAAGGAGGCUUACAAACGACGGCAUGCUGAGUUGCACUUCAAACUCAUCAUCCACGACCUCCCAGCAUGCAAGAGCAUUGAGGAUGUGGGCUUGAGAAAUGUUUUCAAGAUCAGAGCUAUCCUCGCCACAAGCACAGAGUGCGGUGGCCAGCAUGUUCAUGUGAAUCGGUCGAAGAGGGCGCGACGCUGA